AGCUGAGCGUGGCCCAGAAGCAGCUGGAGGGUAUGUCGGUGACGUCAUCGGGCUGCAGCACUCCCACGGGCCGCAAGAUGCGGGAGCCGACGCAGAGGAACCUGCAGAACUCCACCUUCUCUAUCAGCCAGGAAAUGGAAGGUCUCAAUACAAAGACAUCUGUCCGCGUGCGAAACCCGCCCGGCGGGAGAUCCUCAGGACUCUGGUAA